CCGCGCGCAUCCACUUCGCUCACCAACUCCACUUUCGAGUUAUCCAUCAAAUCCUCCUCUCCUCCAUCCGAUCUCCCACUCCGUGCCAAACGCUUCCUUCUACUUCACAGCUAAUUCUCUUUCUUCCUUUCCUCUUUCUCUUCAUAUCCUUUCCUUCUGUUCUUGUACCGUUUCUAUUCCAUUCCGUUGCAGUUACGGGUUGUAUUAUUUUUAACUUUUGGAACUGGGAAGGAAAGUUUUCCGUCUGCUAAUUUGUUGCAAUCCAAACAAUCUGCAGUCAAACUCCCCUACCCGUCCGAGCUAGUAGGACCCAUUCACACAAACCUACCAACCGCAACUAUGAUUAUCGACGUGAAGGAGUCAACGUUGGUGAAGCCGGCGGAGGAGACCCCGCGGCGAGGAUUGUGGAACGCGAACGUCGACCUUGUGGUGCCGAGAUUCCAUACCCCGAGCGUUUACUUCUAUAGACCAACAGGUGCUCUCAACUUCUUUGAUCCAAAUGUGGUGAAGGAGGGGCUUAGUAAGGCCCUGGUGCAGUUCUAUCCGAUGGCUGGACGGUUGCGGAGAGACGAGGAUGGUCGUAUUGAGAUUGAUUGCAAUGCGGAAGGCGUACUAUUUGUUGUGGCGGAAACCAGCUCGGUGAUCGAUGACUUCGGCGAUUUCGCUCCCACUUUGGAGCUCAAGAAGCUAAUUCCGUCCGUGGAUUACUCCGGCGGCAUAUCUACCUAUCCUUUAUUGGUUCUGCAGUUGACUUUCUUCAAAUGCGGCGGCGUCUCACUUGGGGUUGGCAUGCAGCACCAUGUCGCUGAUGGAUUUUCUGGUCUUCACUUCGUGAAUGCAUGGUCAGAUAUGGCUCGUGGUCUUGACAUUACCAUUCCCCCUUUCAUUGACCGCACCCUUCUCCGUGCCAGAGACCCACCUCAGCCUGCAUUCCACCACAUUGAAUACCAGCCUCCACCAGCAUUGAAAGUUUCUGCAGAAAACUUGAAACCAGAUAGCACAACAGUCUCCAUUUUCAAGUUGACUAGGGAUCAGCUCAACAUACUCAAAGCCAAGGCAAAGGAAGACGGAAACACUAUAACUUAUAGCUCCUAUGAGAUGUUGGCAGGUCAUGUAUGGAGAUCUGCUUGCAGGGCUCGUGGACUAGAAGGUGAUCAAGAAUCCAAGUUAUACAUAGCAACCGAUGGAAGGUCCAGAUUGCGCCCUCCACUUCCACCUGGUUACUUUGGCAAUGUGAUAUUUACAGCAACACCAAUUGCAGCAGCAGGUGAUAUGCAAUCAAAGCCAACUUGGUAUGCAGCAGGCAAAGUUCAUGAUGCAUUGGUUCGCAUGGACAAUGAUUACUUAAGGUCAGCACUUGAUUACCUUGAGCUUCAGCCUGAUUUAUCAGCUCUUGUUCGUGGAGCACAUACUUUUAAGUGCCCAAAUCUUGGGAUCACUAGCUGGGUUAGGCUGCCAAUUCACGAUGCAGAUUUUGGAUGGGGCAGACCCAUAUUUAUGGGGCCUGGUGGGAUUCCAUACGAGGGUCUAUCCUUCAUCUUGCCCAGCCCAACCAAUGAUGGGAGCUUAUCAGUAGCCAUUGCAUUGCAAUCUGCACACAUGAAACUGUUUGAGAAGUUCAUCUAUGAAAUUUAAGAAAUUAGGAUGCUGGUGAUAAAUCAAAGCCAAGGCACUUUCCCGUAGCACCAGAAAUUUUUUCGUUUCUUUUUAUUUCCUUUAUGGAUUUGUAUCUUCAGACCUUUGCUUACAUGGUUAAUGUGAGAAGAAUUUACACAGAAAACGUCCCUUUGAGAGGACUCAUGUUGUACAACUUUGCCCAUAUAUUGACUUUUGGGAAGGAAAAAGAAAGCGAUGUAUUCCUAAUUUAAUAAGGGUAAUGUUGUUAAAUUUUAUGAGGUUAUUUAUGAAUUAGAAAUUAUAUGCAUAAUUAUAGUUUUUGUCAAA